UGCCUCCGAAGACCCCCACCCCCCAAGAGCCACAAUUUUUGCCUGUUUUAUUACGAAGUUUCACCUACAUGAAUAAAGUCAGAAACCCCAUAUGAGACAUUUUACUGUGCAGAUGACGCAGAAGAGUAUGUUCGUGCUGUUACGCCACAGAUUAAAAGCAGCCUUCAGCCUAAUGGCAAAUCAAAGAUGAACACAGAUGAUUUUCUUCAGAAUAUAACAUACAGCACCUACAUUCCCCCCAAAAUGAGAGAGGAAGAACCAUAUGAACAUCCAGUUCCACGCCCUAGCUCACCAACGUGUGACCAGACAGAAGAUCAGGAACCGUAUGAGAAAAAUGUUCUGAAGUCCUGCUGGAAUAGUUUACAGUCUUUGUCUCAUGAAAGUCCUGUCAGGGGAGGAAUGACAAGCGGUCCCAGUACUGAUAUAGAUUCAAGCAUUGAAACUUUGAGUGUUCUGCAAUCUGAGAGGGACCUGGUAAAUGUGAAGCAAGACUAUCAGGUAGCAUUAGAAGAACAGGACCCUUUAAGAGUCAUUGAUGAUAAUAUACCAAAGCAAAUAUCAUUGGAUGCUUAUCAGACCAAUCCUAGCCAUCAAAGCACAUCAUCUGCAUUUGCUUCACGGGAAAUCAAACAAUCAGAAAACAUCUAUAGUUAUGUAAACCAGAGAAUUAAUAACAGUGAUGAUGACACUCAAAGAGUCAAGCCAGAUACUCCAUCUCAGGUGCCAGCUUCUCCAAAAGUUACAAAUUUGUUAAAGUACGUUGACAUGAGGGUAAAUGAGAAAGAUGCUACAAUGACUCCUGGUGUUGCACAUGUGGAAAAACAAGAUGCAGACAGUUUCAAAACAGAGGAGCUGCUGUGCCCACUAGAGAAGAAACUACGUCGUCCAGUUAACAGUAUAAAGCGGCCCAUGAACAAGUACAUGUUGUUCCAAAAUAGUAUGAGACCUAAGCUGACAUUACUGUAUCCUGGGGAAUCUAGUCAAAACAUCACGCAGCGUCUCGGGAAAAUGUGGAAGGACCUUCCGGAAACUGAAAAAGCCGAGUGGAAAGGUAAAGCUGAGAGCCUUAAAGAAGAACACAAGCGGUUGCAUCCCGAUUACAGCUACAACCCCAAGAUGGCAGCACAGCUCAAGAGAGAAUACUCCAGGGCUCGCAUGGAGCGUCGCAAUCUAUAUCGAAUCCACACAUAUCCAGACACUGACGAUAAUAGUUAAACUUUACCAUCAUUAGCUAAGAAAUUGAGCAUAAUAAGCUUUGCAUUAUAUUCUUUACACGGUAUUUUGAUACAUUUCCUUGAAUUAAGCAAAUGGUUGUUUGUCACAAUAGGCUGUCGUAGCAUAAGGCUGAUAUCUCUUUGUGUAUAAUCUGAGGCGUUUGUCAAAUAUAAAUAGGUUUCGCGUCUGUGAAUUUUCAAAGCAUCACUAAAUAUAAAACAGAAUUACAGACACAUUUCUCUUUGGACUAUAAUCGGCUCGUAAAAAAAAAAGAAAAAAAAAAAAAAAAAACAGUAUAAUAAUGGAAAGCAUUGACAACUCUUACAUAAUGCCGAGACUGAAAUUAGCACAUUAUCAAACAAAUGCUCAAUACAAAAGAUGGAAAUACAAUGUGGAAAAAAUGUAACCCCGCAGAUGAUAAUGUUGCUGUUCCUGAUGACCUCAUGGCAUACUCGUCUACCGCCCGAUACUUCUUGUGCCUGUGCCUCAUCUAUGAAAUUGUUAGUAAUAAAUUAGUAUGACUUCU